AAAGUGAGUUAGGUGGCUGUCCUUCCUCGCGCGGUUGUACUAGUUUUCGGUUGUUUUGCUAGCCUUUAGCCGGCUAACGGCAUGGAUAACACGCAGGAAAAUGAAAUUGAGCUCCACGGAGAUGAAGAAAUUAUCGAAGUCAUCGAUCUAAACGAGGCGGAGCCUUGUCCAGAUGACUUGGCUGAUGACUUGGAGGAUGUUGACUUCGAAGAUGCCGCAAAUGCAGGUGAUGACGAAGGCUGGGAGACCGAGGAUGAGAUGGAAGCGGAGGCAGAGCAGGAUGACAGCGAGCUCACCUUCUCCAAACACACUGGCUCAGUAUUUUGCGUGAGUCUGGAUCCUGCGACCAACAGCAUGGCUGUGACCGGAGGAGAGGAUGAUAAGGCUUUUGUGUGGAGGGUGAGCGAUGGAGAAGUUCUGUUGGAGUGCACAGGUCACAAAGACUCUGUGACGUGCGCUAUGUUCAGUCACGACUCCUCCAUGGUGGCUUCGGGUGACAUGAGCGGCAUGAUUAAAGUGUGGAAAGUAGAAACCAAAGAGGAGAUCUGGUCGUUCGAAGUGGGAGAUCUGGAGUGGUUAGAGUGGCAUCCCUGCGCUCCGGUGCUGCUGGCGGGAGCACACGACGGCAACGUGUGGAUGUGGAAGAUCCCUUCAGGAGACUGUAAAACCUUCCAGAGUUCUGCAUGCCAGGCCACCAGCGGCAAAGUCCUCCCUGAUGGUAAACGUGCUGUGGUGGGCUAUGAGGAUGGGACAGUGCGUGUGUGGGAUCUGAAGCAGGGAAACGCCAUACACGUCAUCAAAGGUCAGGACGGACACCAGGGGGCACUGACCUGCCUGGCAUGUAACAAGGACGGCUCUCUGGUGCUGACCGGUUCGGUGGACGGUUGUGCCAAACUCAUCAACACCAUCACAGGCAAGGUGGUGGGAGCGUACUCUGUGGAGGGGGUCAAAGCCAAAGGGUCAACAGACGAGGAAGAAUCCAAUUCUGUUGAAUCUGUGGGAUUCUGCAACAUUCUGCCUCUCGUGGCCGUGGCGUACCUGGACGGGGCUCUGGCUAUAUAUGACCUGUCGACACAUGUCCUGAGGCACAGGUGCCAACAUGAGGCCGGCAUCGUGCACCUGCAGUGGGAAGAGUCUUCUUCUGUGGUGUCCACUUGCUGCUUAGACGGAGCGCUGCGCUUAUGGGACGCUCGUUCUGGCAGCAUGGUGUCCGAGUACCGCGGCCACACUGCAGAGAUCCUCGACUUCACCCUCAACAGGGAAGCGUCUCUCGCCAUAACUGCCUCAGGAGACAACCAGUCAAAAGUCUUCUGCCUCCAAAGACCCGAUCGGUAAAGAGAGCGUGAAGACAAAAGAUGUGAGGAAGAGAAGAAAUAUUUCAGGAAAAAUCGCAGAGACAUUUCACGAUCAGACUUUUUGUUCUCUAAUAUCAGAGAACACGUUUCCCGUCUCCUCAGGAUUUUAAAAUGUGUGGUUUUACCAUAUUAUCUGACCUGCUAUUGUAGCUUUCAAAAGAUAAUCCUUUCAGUUUUCUUCAGUACUUCAGUCGUUUAAGUGGCUGAUGUUUAGGAUAUUUCAAACGCAUCUGAAAUGACUGCCCAAAAAAAGGAGUUUUUGAUCUUGUCGACGGGAGUUUCAAUUUGUUUAAAACAAGCUGUUUGUCGUUACUUUCUUAAGUAUGCUCUUGUUCAGGAAUCAGUGAGACUAAACAGGAAAAGAGUCCAAGAGUGAUAGAUUACAGCGUCCUCUGCCUUUGACUUCUCUUUUUAAGUUGUUACCAAAAUGUUUUUAAAUAUAAAACACAACACACAAGAGGAAUUCUCUUUGAUCUAAGUUAUAAUUUCUUCCAUAAUUGGUGUUUUUUUGUUUUCUUAAACAGCUGGACAGAAUUUCUUAAAGUCCUAAUUUACCCCUUGAGGGUGUGUGUUGUCUUCCAGACACGUUUUUCUUUCAGCCAAGUUUCUGAUGUAAACACCAGUGUAAAUACAAAAUAAUAACUAAUAUACUUUCUUCUGGGUAACUAUGAAAGUUUAUUUUUCAGCCAAGGACUGUGUCAUUUGUGACUAAUGUCCGCCCUUCACCUCUUAAAACACUUAAACCUUGUCUGCAAUAAUAGUUUAUACUUGCAUCUAUUUUUGUCUGUGUCAGUUUAGAGAAGAACUUCAGUGCUCAUUUUGGGGGGUAAAAUGACAUGUUGAGAAAAAUG